UUGACCUGCGCCGGUUCUUAUAUUGUCAGGACAAUGUCAUCCGCACGACUAGUCAUGAUCAAAAGAAUCAGGUGGACUGAGUCUUGGUUCCACGGGCCCGUGAGAAUUGUCCUGGGGAGAAUGCCGCUGCGGCCGAGCUCCAACCUGAAGAUGCGCGCGGACGAGACGGAGGUGGAGUGGGUGGAGAGAAUACGGACCUGGUACAAGGCGAUGUGGAAACGGGAGAAGGAAAACGACGAUAGGCGCAGGAGAGAGUUGAAGGCAGUAACACAGAGUAUUGGAGACUACUUCAGAAGAGCGAAGAGACUAGGCGUGUCCUGGGUGCCUAUGGCGGCGGAGUUGGGCCUGACCCCGGUAGACGUCGCCGUGAUCAAGACUGACUCUGGAGACAUACACGAACAGGUCAGGGGCAUUAGUCACUUUCCACUUACCCGAAUCCGUCUGUACCCUCCCCAGAUUGAGAGAGUGAUCUACCAGUGGCGUUACUACAUGGUCAUGGACGGCUUCAGCAUGAACAUCACGGUGGACUCCCUCAUCGACUUCCUGGAAGAGUCCUUGGUCUUCUACGACAUGCUGGACUACCUGAACAAGACGGCGUUCAAGACGAUGGGGAAGACGUGGGAGCCUAAGUACGAGGUGCCGCCGCGCAGACAGUCGCAGGACAACAUCAACCUGGCGGCGGUGGGCACGACGUACCGCUCCGGUAGUACGUCCAGCAUGGACUCCACCGUCUCCACCGACAGCGACAUUGAAGCUGACUAGGGCUGUGUACUUAAAGACGUCCUAUACAAUUUCAGGGUGGCAAAACUGCAUCUGUAUAGUAACCCGUAAACCUGUACUGAAUUUUGUUUAGGGACACAGCUCUUAAACUGGCCUCCAAAAUGUGCACCGAUGCGUUCGAGGGUAGAAAUAUGGCAGAGCAAUUUCGUCGCGCCAUCAAAAAGCAUAGGAUAGCCUCUACCAGACUUCGGGGGGCGGCUGAAAGUGAAAUAGAAUUUGCCAACCAGGGAGAAUAUGAUUUGUCUAAGAAAUUAGACGGCAAUACAUUUACACCUUGAGCCAUUUUACUACUCUUUCAG